UGAAGUGCUAGCAUUAUUUACUUAUGUGGAUUUUUUUUUAUUACAACGAUGUUAAAUAAAAUCUUUAUUACCCUGUUAUCCCUAAGUUUUGGUCGGGAUGUGUUUGGCUUUCGUUGUGAUAGAAAGCCGUACGGAUCAACCACACAAUCAUCUCCUCCCGAUGGCCGCUUUAAGCUUGUAGUAGAAGAUAUCGAAGAUGGUUAUAUACCAGAUCAACUUUACACAGUAAAAAUUACCGAAACUGAUGGCGAAUCUAGAUUUAUUGGGUUCAUGAUAUCAGCGGAAGGAGAUAUUAAACCAGACCCCAAGAACCCUAGAAGGAUGGUGGCUCUGUUCCCAGGGGACUUGAGACCUCAGAAUACUUUUACGGCAAAGUUCAGCGAUCGGUGCUUAUAUUCCGUGGAACAUACAAUGGCUUCCCCGAAAUCUUUUGUUGAGGUAUAUUGGCAAGCUCCUCCGUCUGGUAAUGGUUGUGUGACAUUACGGGCGAUGGUGGUUGAACAUGAGGACGUAUGGUACGAAGAUGGUUCACCGUUAUCUCAAAGGCUUUGUGAGGAUUUGCGGCAACCAGAUGACGUCACUCAGCAGUUAAAUUACGAUUGCGAUAUCUGUGAUGAUGCGAAGUAUGAGCUAACUUUCACGGGUAUGUGGUCCCGACAUACACACCCGCGUCUUUACCCAGAGAAUGAUUGGAUACCUCGAUAUAGUGACAUGGUAGGAGCGUCACAUUCUACCGAUUACAUAAUAUGGGCUCCUGGAACAUUGGCUACAGACGGCUUAAGAGAUUUUGCUGAACAUGCUAAUGGUAGUAAAUUAGAAAGUGAAAUCAGAGAAAAGAUUGGUGAUGGCGUUCGAACUCUCAUCAAAGGCAAAGGUCACGGUUAUCGUAAAAUGUCUAAUCCAACUUAUGCUUUCUUCCGUACUGAUAAGAAUAAUCAUAUUUUCACGGUUGGUGUUGCAAUCCAUCCGUCUCCUGAUUGGUUUCUAGGAGUUACAAGAUUUGAACUCUGCCAAGUAGAUAAUACUUGGUUACAAGAAAGGGAAUUAAACUUAUAUCCAUGGGACGCUGGUACUGACAGUGGCGUUUCUUACGAAUCCCCAAAUAUGGAAACGUUUCCACAAGAUGCUGUCAGUAGAGUGCAAAUGAGUUCAUACGACAAAAAAUCACCAUUUUAUGAAAUGGAUAUGAAAGACCUUCAUCCUUUUGGUAAAAUUCACAUAAAAUUGAUUAGAACUUAUCAUAGGGAGUGCGAAGAAGAGGAAACGACUAAAGAACCGGAAGCAUCAACUAUAGAGCCUAUCACUACGGAAGAAGGAGAAGAAGCUGGUGAAAAUGAAGAAAAACAAGGCGAGCCUGACAAUCCAUCCAGGUACCAAAACACAGAUCUAGCUAGCAGCCGUCGGGGCGAAGCCCCAAUAGUAACAGACCCUGACUCAUCAGAUGACUGCCCGAUGUCACAAUGGCAAGAAUGGAGCCCUUGUGACGGUGUUUGUGAUAAUGGUAAAGUAGUAGGAUAUAAAUGGCGGGAACGAUACCAUCUUGUGGAUGGUGUUGCGGUUGAAAAAUACGAUCCCAAUACGGAUCCGUCAACUAUAAAAGAAGUACCACGAAUUUGCAAGAGCCAUUACGACGAUUUUGAGAGAAGCGAAUGUGAGGAUGAUUGUCCAGAAACUGAAGAUGACAAUGAUUUAACCGCUGAAAGAAGAGUUAUGUCGCCAGUUGCCCCAGGAUUUGGGUGGAACUCGAAAAGACCCUGAAGCGAAAUUAUCUGUAGGAUUAUUUGCAAUAUAUAGAAUGAAAUGUAAGGAAAAAUGAUCAUAAUUAUAAAUAAAAUA